AGAGAUGACACUAGAUUUCUUCGCUAUCUUGUUAGACUGUUAACGGUCGAGAGUGCGAGUUGGUAAAACUCGCUCAAUGGCUGUGGCUACUCUGGCUCUGCACCAGCAAUGGCUCUCCUUCUCGAACCCAAUAACAAGAACAAGGCCAUGGCUUCCCGGCAGAACAACCACCCUUACCCAUUUGCAAAUCCAUAAGAACUUGGCCGGUAUCUCUCUCAUUUCCUGCUGCUCUUCUUCAACUUCUCAGUCCACUGAUGCCAAUACAGAGACCGCCGAGUCUUGUGUCAAUUUGGGUCUCCAGCUCUUCUCCAAAGGACGGGUUAAAGAUGCUUUAGUUCAGUUUGAAACAGCACUUAGUUUAGAUCCCAACCCAAUUGAAGCACAAGCUGCGCUGUAUAAUAAAGCCUGCUGUCACGCCUACAAAGGGGAAGGAAGGAAAGCUGCUGAUUGUCUACGUACUGCCUUGAGAGAAUAUAACCUCAAAUUUGGCACAAUUUUGAAUGAUCCUGACUUGGCCUCUUUUAGAGCUUUGCCUGAAUUUAAGGAAUUGCAGGAAGAGGCUAGACUAGGUGGGGAAGAUAUAGGCUACAGUUUUAGGAGAGAUCUCAAACUCAUUAGUGAAGUCCAAGCACCAUUCCGUGGGAUUAGGAGAUUCUUUUAUUUAGCAUUCUCGGCAGCUGCAGGAAUCUCAACGUUCUUUACUGUACCCAGGCUGUUCCGUGCAAUUUCAGGAGGUGAUGAUGCUCCUGAUCUCUGGGAAACUGCUGGCAAUGUCGCUAUUAACAUUGGAGGUCUUAUUGUUCUUGUGGCGUUAUUUUUAUGGGAAAACAAGAAGGAGGAGGAACAACUUACACAAAUAUCUCGUGAUGAAAAUCUAUCGAGGUUGCCAUUGCGCCUCUCCACCAAUAGGAUUGUUGAACUUGUGCAGUUGCGAGACACUGUUAGGCCUGUUAUUUUAGCAGGGAAGAAGGAGACUGUUUCCUUAAGCAUCAAGCAGGCAGCAAGGUUUCGAACUGAGCUCCUAAGAAGGGGUGUUCUUUUAGUUCCUGUCAUCUGGGAUGAAGUUAGGGCACCUCAAAUAGAGAAGAAAGGCUUCGGUGCACCUUCAAAGGCAGCUGCGGCUCUUCCUUCCAUUGGGGAAGAAUUCGAAAAACGAACUCAGUCUAUAACUGCAAAGUCAAAGUUAAAAGCUGAAAUUCGGUUCAAGGCUGAGGUUGUAUCCCCUUCAGAAUGGGAAAGGUGGAUAAGGGAUCAGCAAAAGUCUGAAGGAGUCACUCCUGGUGAGGAUGUCUAUAUUAUACUGCGCCUAGAUGGUCGGGUUCGAAGGUCAGGCAAAGGCAUGCCUGACUGGCAACAAAUUGUCAAGGAGCUGCCACCAAUAGAAGCAUUGCUUAGCAAACUAGAAAGAUAGGAGCCACCUCUUCUUGUAGAUGCCUCUGUGAGGCAAUCAUCUUAUUCUUACACUUCCCCUCCCCCAAUUUCUAAUAUUUUCUUGGAAUUGAAUACAUCUGUAAUAUCCUCAGCAUCUUGAAUUUUGAAAGGCGGUGGAAAUAAAUCUU